AUGGGUCCUACAGGACGCCUUGUGACCAUCAAAAGGAGCGGGGUCGACGGCCCCCACUUUCCGCUGAGCCUGAGCACCUGCUUGUUCGGAAGGGGUAUUGAAUGUGACAUUCGUAUCCAGCUUCCUGUGGUGUCCAAACAGCACUGCAAAAUUGAAAUCAAUGAGCAAAAGGCAGUCUUGUUCAAUUUCAGUUCCGCAAAUCCAACGCAGGUGAACGGGUCUGCCAUCGACGGGCCCGUACAGCUGAGGCACGGGGACCUGAUCACGAUCGUGGACCGUUCAUUCAGGUACGAGAAUGAACGUCACCAGAAUGGAAGCGAGUCAACUGAAUCUCCAGGGCAAAGGCUCGGACAGGCACCUGCACGUCGGGCCUCGAGGUCUAGCUUUUCUUCAGAUCCUUGUGGCAAAGGUGAAGCCCGCGGUGCUGCCCGCCCACAGCUCCCCGCAGACGGGGUUUCCGGAGGGUCCCCGGCGCGCACGGAGGAUGUCGCGGCGGCCCGCGCUGCCCCACGCAGCUCAGAAGGCCCCGAUCCCAGGACCACCCCUGAUGUUCAUGGCUCAGAGCCCCCCAGAGAGAACCGCAGAAAUGCAGCGGGCCCCCCUGCGGGGGGGUCCAGAGAGGGUGCCCGUGGGGCCUUAGUGAGCAGGAACGGGGGGCUGGAGCCCCUUCCCGCUACACAGAGUCCUGAGGAGGGCGGAGCGAACGAGUCUCCCUUUAGGAAGCUUUAUGAGUCUAUGAAGGAAGAGUUGGAUGUGAAAUCAGAAAAAGAGAAUGUCCUACAGAAUCGUCGGAAAUCGGGGUCCUGGGAUCACUGCGCAGCCGAAUCUGAAAGUGCUGGAGGUUCGCAGGGUCAGGCACAACUACAGGUCACCCCCAAGUCCAGGCGGAGGUCCCGUCGGAGCUCCCAGACAAAGGCUGUCCCUGGUCCCACUCUCGAGGCCACCGUGAGUUCCAGCACCCCCCCCACGGAGACGGCGAUAGCCAAGACCCCUGUCCCCUGGUCACACCAAAAUUCCUCACGAAAACGCCAGAGCGGAGGCCAGAGUGUCAUCGGGGGGAGCAACCCUGUGAACCCGGAUCAGAGCGAAGGCUUCCAGGCAGAGCACACGACAUUCACUCCUCAGCCGCUCUUCCCGGGAAACCGAACACCCAGCCAAGGUGACAGUGCCAACGGCUUCAGAAACACGCCAGAAAAAGGCUUUUCCAGAAAGAGACGGAGAAGCCUCCUUCCAGAUGUUGACGGUCUUGCUAAAGAAACAGAAACUCCAAAGCAAGCCGCGCUCACCGCCCUGCUGGUCCCCGUGGAGCAGAAGGGCUCAGCCGGUUCCCCUGGCCUCAGUUCCGUCGACGUCAGCAACUUGGAUGAGUCCAUUCAUAAGAUGGAGGGGUUGCCCUCGAAGAGAAGGCGGGUCUCCUUUGGGGGCCACCUGAGACCUGAGUUAUUCGAUGAAAACUUACCUCCUAAUACCCCGCUCAAGAGAGGAGAGACGCCAGUGAAGAGGAGGUCUCUCGUGGCCCGCACUCCAGCUGUCCUCAAGAAAAUCAUCAAGGAACAGCCACAAGAGUCGGGAAAAGAAGAGUCCUCAGAAAUCCGUUCGGAAGUGACUGCACAAAACGUGUUGACGAGCUCCCUGGCUUGCCAUCUCACAAACACACCUUCAGGGGCAAGCGACGGUCGCCGGGGGCCAUCCAAGCCACCAGCCUCGGGUGGCAGCCAGUCUCCACACCAGACAGAUGCUCCCAAGAGGGGCGGGCGGAGGAGCGGCGGCGUGCCUGCCGAGAGGGCUUCCGGGGGUCGGAGCCAGCACGGGCUCCUGCAGGCCAUUCGCUCCCGGAGAAGGAGCGGGGCCUCGGAAGCCAAUCUCAUCGUGGCAAAAUCGUGGGCAGACAUAGUAAAACUCAGCGCCAGACAGACACAAAGUAAGGUUGUGAAACACCGUCCCCUAAGACAGCUGAGCAAGAGGCAGAGAAAGAUCGAUACCCCAAAGAAGCCCACGGGCCGUGUGCACAAUGAGUUCAGUACAGGCCACGCAAACUCUCCCUGCACCAUUGUAAUAGGGAAAGCGCACAUCGAAAAGGUGGCCAUGCCCGCCCGGCCCUACCGAAUGCUGAACAACUUCGUGCUCGGCAGGAAAAUUGACUUUAACGAAGACCUUUCAGGGCUAACCGAAAUGUUCAAGACCCCAGCGAAAGAGAAGCCAAAAAGGAUGAGCUUAUGUCCCACCGCUUUGUCAAAUUCUGAGGAUUUGCUUGGAAAAAAGUUUCAAGUACCUAAGUCAGAAGAAAAACCUCUGCUAUGCACCCCAGAAAAGUUUGGAGAGAAUGUGUUCCCCCGUGCUCAGAAUGUACCGCAAGAGCCAUCUGAUAAAAAGUCUGAAAGCCCAUCCCUGAGAAGACAGCAUAUUACAGUAAAUAAAAAUAUGAAAACUCCACCAUCUGAGACAGAGCCUCCGAAGGCGGCCUCCAGUGCGAACAAAUCCAGGAGGUCUGUGGGGCCCAGAAAUACCCAGGCUCCAGGCACAGAGUGUGGGGAGGAAGACACAGAGGUCAACACUGUUGAGAGCAUCUUGGGACGACGUCUGAGGAAAUUGCCAGCACAGGCCCAGCUACUGGAGGGAGAGAUGAAGGAAAGUGAAAGAGCCUUUGAGACAUGUAAGAGAAACAUCGAAUCAAAAGAAGAUUCUGAAAAGAUGAUAGUUGUGAGGAGAUCGAGAAGAUCUUCAGAGCCUCAAUGUGCACCAAGAACAGACGUAAAUGCCAUGAAGAGAUUGCAAGAGAUAGAAUCCAAGGAAGAUCUGGUGGGCAUCCACAGUUUUCUCCAGACCCCAGGUCAUGCUGAGGGACCAGUGUAUACAGAGAGCAAAACCACAAUGAUGCGCUGCAAGUCUCCAAAACCAGAGCCAAUCAGCACACCAACCAAGAUGAACGUACGAAUCAAGAUGCCUUCCCAGAGUGUGAAUGUAGACAUUCUCUCUGUACUCAGGAAGCUCCCACAAACCCCAGGGGACACCAAGCACACACGCGAAGAACCAGUAGGUGGUGACGAAAACAUGAAACCAUCAAAUGAAGUUCCAGAGCAGCAACUUGACUCAGCGGAGCAGGUAACUGGAAGCAGAAGGAGGUCAAGAACACCCAAGAGGAAGGCCCAACCCCUGGAAGACCUGACCGGCUUCAAAGAGCUCUUCCAAACACCAAAUCACGUCAUGGAAACAGUGACUGAUGACAAACCUACCAAGAUGCCCAGUAAAUCUCCAAAACCAGAACCAGUCAGCACACCGACCAAGAUGAAUGUACAGAUCAAGAUGCCUUCCCAGAAUGUGAAUGUAGAAGCUUACUUUGUACUCAGAAAGCCCACACAAACCCCAGGGGACACCAAGCACACACACAAAGAACCAGUAGGUGGUGAUGAAAGCAUGAAAGCAUCUAAUGAAACUCCAGAACAACAACAGGAUUUGAGAGAGCACGUAAUUGGAAGUAGGAGGAGGUCAAGAACACCCUUGAGGAAGGCCCAACCCCUAGAAGACCUGUCUGGCUUCAAAGAGCUCUUCCAAACACCAAAUCAUGUUGUGGAAACAGUGACUGAUGACAAACCUACCAAGAUGCUCAGCAAAUCUCCAAAACCAAAACAAGUCAGCACACCCACCAGCACAAAGAGAUGUCUCAGGACACCUCUGGGGAAAGUGGACGUGCCGGAAGAGCUCUCAGCCCUCAGGAAGCCCACACCCACACCAGGGGGAACCACACACUCUCAAAGAGAACCAGAAGGUGAUGAUGAGGAUGUCACAGCAUUGAACAGAACUCCGGAACAGAAAUGGGACUCAGCAGAGCAUGUAACCGGAAGCAGAAGGAGGUCAAGAACACCCAUGAGGAGGGUCCAACCCCAAGAAGACCUGUCUGGCUUCAAAGAGCUUUUCCAAACUCCAAAUCACAUCGUGGAAAUCGUGACUGAUGACAAAACCACCAAGAAACCCACCAAAUCUCCACAAGCACAACCUGUCAGCACACCCACCAGCACAAAGAGACGUCUCAGGACACCUCUGGGGAAAGUGGACGUGCCGGAAGAGCUCUCAGCCCUCAGGAAGCCCACACCCACACCAGGGGGAACCACACACUCUCAAAGAGAACCAGAAGGUGAUGAUGAAGAUGUCACAGCAUUGAACAGAACUCCGGAACAGAAAUGGGACUCAGCAGAGCAUGUAACCGGAAGCAGAAGGAGGUCAAGAACACCCUUGAGGAGGGUCCAACCCCUAGAAGACCUGUCUGGCUUCAAAGAGCUUUUCCAAACUCCAAAUCACAUCGUGGAAAUAGUGACUGAUGACAAACCCACCAAGAAGCCCAGCAAAUCUCCAAAACCACAACCAGUCAGCACACCCACCAGCACAAAGAGACGUCUCAGGACACCUCUGGGGAAAGUGGACGUGCCGGAAGAGCUCUCAGCCCUCAGGAAGCCCACACCCACACCAGGGGGAACCACACACUCUCAAAGAGAACCAGAAGGUGAUGAUGAAGAUGUCACAGCAUUGAACAGAACUCCGGAACAGAAAUGGGACUCAGCAGAGCAUGUAACCGGAAGCAGAAGGAGGUCAAGAACACCCAUGAGGAGGGUCCAACCCCAAGAAGACCUGUCUGGCUUCAAAGAGCUUUUCCAAACUCCAAAUCAUGUUGUGGAAACAGUGACUGAUGACAAACCUACCAAGAUGCUCAGCAAAUCUCCAAAACCAAAACAAGUCAGCACACCCACCAGCACAAAGAGACGUCCCAGGACACCUCUGGGGAAAGUGGACGUGCCGGAAGAGCUCUCAGCCCUCAGGAAGCCCACACCCACACAGGGGGGAACCACACACUCUCAAAGAGAACCAGAAGGUGAUGAUGAGGAUGUCACAGCAUUGAACAGAACUCCGGAACAGAAAUGGGACUCAGCAGAGCAUGUAACCGGAAGCAGAAGGAGGUCAAGAACACCCUUGAGGAGGGUCCAACCCCUAGAAGACCUGUCUGGCUUCAAAGAGCUCUUCCAAACACCAAAUCACACAGAUGAACCAAUAACUGAGGACACAACCACUGCAAUACUGUGCCAAUCUUCACAACCAGAACCAGUCGUCACAUCUACCAGCAUGACCAGACAGUUUAAGAUACCUCUAGGGAAAGUGGACGUGGAACAAGAGUUCUCAGCAGUCAGGAAGUCUACACCAACAUCUGGGAAGACCACGUGCUUACCCAGAGACCCAGUAGGUGAUGAUAAAGCUAUCAAAGCAUUGAAGGGAACUCCAGAACAGCAACUGGACUCAGCAGAGCAUGCAACUGGAAGCGGAACGAGGUCAAGAACACCCAAGAGGAAGGUUGAACCCAUAGAAGACCUGACCAGCUUCAAAGAGCUCUUCCAAACACCAAAUCGCACAGAAGAACAAAUGACUGAGGACAAAACCAUGAAAAUGCCCUGCAAAUCUCCACGAGAACCAGUCAGCACACCUGCCAGCACAAAGAGACAUCUCGGGACACCUCUGGGGAAUGUGGAGGUAGAGCUCUCAGCCCUCAGGAAGCCCACACCCACACCAGGGGGAACCACAUCUUUCCAUAGAGAACUGGAAGGUGAUGAUGAAGAUAUCAAAGCACUGAAGGAAACUCUAGAACAGAAAUUGGACUCAGCAGAACAUAAAACUGGAAGCAGAAGGAGGUCAAGAACACCCAAGAAAGUGAAUCAACUGAUAGAAGACCUGGUUGGCCUCAAAGAGCUUUUCCAAACACCACAUCACACAGUAGAACCCAUGACAGAGGACAAAGCCACCAAAAUGCCCUGCAAAUCUCCACAAGCAAAACCAGUUGUCAUGCCAACCAGCCGAAACAGACGGCUCAAGGCACCUCCAGGGGAAGCAGCCAAAGAUGAACCCUCAGCCCUCAGGAGGCCCACACGGACGUCAAGGAAAACCACGCAGCCGCACAAAGAACCUCAGGGAGUGGAUAAGGAUAUCAAAUUGUCUAAGGAACCUCCAGAACAGAAACUAGACCCUGCAGAAAAUGUAACUGGAAGCAAGAGGAGGCCGAGAACACGUAAAGAAAAGGCCCAGUUUCUAGAAAACCCAGCCAGCCUUAAAGAGCUCUUCCAAACACCAAAUCACACGGAGGAACCAGUGGCCGUCGUCAGCACCGCCGAAGUGCCCUCCAGAUCUCCACAGCCGGAAGCGGUCGUCAUGCCAGCCAGGACGAGGAGGCAGCUCAAGGCCCCUCCAGGGACAGGGGAGGGGCAGGAAGCACCCUCAGCCCUCAGGGGACCCACGCGGACAGCAGGGAAAGCCACACGGUCAUAUAGAGAACCGGAGGGUGGGGAUAAGGAUAUGCAAUUGUCUAAGGAAUCUCCAGAAGAGAAAUUAGACCCUGCAGAAAAUGCAGCUGGAGGCCAGAGGAGGCCGAGAACACGUAAAGAAAAGGCCCGGCUCCUAGAAGGCCCAGCCAGCCUUAAAGAGCUUUUCCAAGCACCAGAUCACACGGAGGAACCAGUGGCCGUCGGCACCACCGAAGUGCCCUCCAGAUCUCCUCAGCCAGAAGCAGUCGUCAUACCGGCCAGGACAAGGAGGCAGCUCAAGGCCCCUCCAGGGACAGGGGAGGGGCAGGAAGCACCCUCAGCUCUCAGGAGGCCCACACGAACAUCAGGGAAAGACACGCUGUCACACACAGAACCUGUAGACGGUGCCAACGACAUCAAAGUGUGCAAGGAGUCUCCACGGCAGGAACCAGGCCCCGUGAGAAACACUGCGGGCAGCAGACGGCUGCUGAGAUCCAGGAAGGGAACGGCCCCGGCCCAGGACAGCCCAGUGCGCAGCGAACAGCCCCUCCAAAGCCCGGCUGAGGACGAGGAAGGGGGCACAGAUGGCGCGGACGCUGCCAGAACUUCAACGCAAACACCAGACCGAAGCAAGCCUGUAACAACAUCCAGGAGAGCCCUUAGGGCCCGGAACGUGAAGCCCACGGAAGAGCCGGCGGACUGCAGGGACCCUGUAAAAUCAGGAAGCAAGAGCGGCGCCACCGUGUCCCCCAAGAAGAAACGUGAAGAUGAAAGCUGCGUAGGCCCGAGGAGGCUGCGCACGAGGGCCUGCGACCCGGACACCGCGGAGGAGCAGCCGCCGCGGAAGAGGCAGCGGGUGGCUCCCAGGGAGCAGCGCGACCCCCCUGAGCCCUCCGUCCCGAAGAAGGGGCGCAGAGUUUUGGCAGAAAGCACUGAACCUGUGGACGACCUGCCCAGCACGAACGGAAAAACGAAAAAUAGGGGCCAAAAAGGAGACGAGACCUCUGCAGACAAGGAAAUGUCCCUGCGCUCCAGUGUCCUAAAGAAAACCAACGGAGCAGAGCCAAGGCCUGAGCUUCUUGGACCAGCAGAAAAGGUUAAAAGAAAGAGGAAUGAAAAGAAGCCCGCGAAUCCCUCCCCAGCGGUGGAGAUUCAACACCCAGAAGGUGGAGCCCAGAGUCCUGGCUCUGGGGACAAAGCGCAGGCGAAGAGAGUGUGCCCGAGGCCCGGGAGGCGGGGGAAGGUGCCCGAGCCCCGCGGAGCCGGGGAGAAGGCGAGGGCGAGCAGCGUGGAGACCCCCGGGAAGACUCGCAAGGAGAAGGAAGGACCCCCACGUGCAGGCUCCAUAUGCUUGAGAUCAAGAAGGGUGACAGCCCCUCCCUCGGGGGACACUUCGGAGAGUGAGUCCAAACAGAGAGUGACUCGGAGUGGCAAGAGGCCUGUGGAAGAUGCAAACAAGGCAAGUGGUUUACCGUUCUGCUUCCUAAUAAGCAUGGGAUGUUUCCGGGGACCAGCCAUCGGCCGGCACUUCCCCGCCGCCCGCUCCGGGACGCGCCGCGCUGCCUCGCAGGCCGACGCCCUGCCUGGGCCCUCCAGGGCGUCCUCUGGAAAGCCAGGGCGAAUGCAAGCUGGCGUGUCCCUAAGGCACCUCUGCUCGUAA